AUGGGGGCCAAUAACUCAACAUGCUUACCGUGCAAGGUAGCUGGAGGCAAUGCGCGCCGGAACAGGCCAUUAAAUGGUGUUCAUGACCCCAAAAUUCUCAGCGGACAAGUCCAGGUUCUGAAAAAGGUAUCGACUGCUGCAGAACCUCAAGGAACGAGUGGAACGGUUUCGCAGUCGGCCCCUCCACAAGACCCACCUGUCAACGGACCUUCUAGUUCCACUGAGCCACUUCAGGAAUGCAACGAAACUCUUCAGCUACAAGAGCCCCUCAUCGCACAGUCUCAUUCAGAAGCUCCUCAGCAGCCAGUUGAAGUCCAGCGGUUGAAACGGGCUGAACAGCUGCAGGACGAACCAUCAGUGCACGAGAGAGAAAUCCGACCAGAUAACGAGACAGAACUUAAGUCCAAGCCGACAUCCUCAGUGGGCAUAUCCUCGCCGAAGCCAAAGGAUGAAACAGCAGUUGCGGGGAAACAAGCCAGAGAGGGGAGCCCGAUGCCACAACAACACAUUAACGUCCCCUCUCACAUGCUUGCGGCUGGAGCCGAGGCGGUUUGCUUGCAGCACCAUGGUACACAACAAGCACUUCUCAGCCCUCAUAGCUGCUCAGUGGCCCACAGGGUGGCAGCUGCCCUCAGAGCAGCAGCUGGUGAACGUGCAGCUGCAGCUGCAGCACGUGCAGCAGAGGCGGCCGAAGCAGCCAAAGCAAUGCCAAACCAACAUGGAGGGCAUCCUAAGCAGGAUCGUAUAUUUCAGACUGAAUCUUCUUCUGCAGAGUGCGGUGCUCUUGCAAGUAUAACUGGGAGCACUGAAGACAGCACACCAGAACAGCAGGCAAACACUGAACAAGAGCCGCAGCGUGCCCACCAACGUAACAGUUGCUUUCCCCAUGUAUCAUGUUUCUCUUCUAACGAUGAGAGCGCCAGUGAAAUUACUGUCAGGCAGCAUGCGGAACAAUACCCACGAAAGCCUAACGGCUUCCCUUCACCGGAGCAGUCUAUUAUUUCGGCGGCGAAAUUGGUAGGGGAAAUGUUUUCCGGAGCCGCUGCAGCUGCUGUAGCACUGGCCUCCUCAACUCCAGGGCAAAAUGCUAAUGAGGGUGCAGAACAACCACUGGCAACUAGUGGGGAUAGCUGCCUUGUUGCUGGUCAGGGAGUGCGGCAGGCAACCCCGGCAGGCAGCGACAAGGGUGGAGACCUGGAGGAGGGUGCAGUGGUUCUACUUGGGGCAGUGGAUAGAGCUAUGGACGCCAUCACCAGCGACGAAUUUAAGAAACAGGCAAGUCGAUACUAG